GCAGCGCUCAGACUAAAAAGACACACAGAGAGGAGCGCAGUGCACAGGGUUCACCUCCUCUUCCUCCGGAUCAACACCUAUCCAUCAUGGAUUCUCCUCGGGCUCUUGCCCUUCUCUUUACCGGAUAAUUUUGGAUUUACACUCGUAUCAUGGGAAUAUACUCUCUGCGCGCUUGGCCCCGUGGAUCUAUACAGUCUUGAUGGAAACCAUGUCACCGCAGCAGGGGACCAUGGGACAGAAUAGGUCCGACUCCCUGACAGGAGAGAGCAAAGCUCUUCCCGACAACAAAAAGAAGAUGAAGACCUUGGCCCAGAGACGACAGUCCGCCCCCUCGCUGGUCAUCAGCAAAGCCCUUACCAGAUCGAAAAGCACAUCCAGGGAAAGCUGCCUGACGCUAGUCAGCCCAGGGUCCUGUUCCCUAGUUCAGGCCUUCCUAGCUGAGUGUCCACGCCGCCUAUUCCUGGGUCAUGCCCAAACGCAGCUAAAGACGGGCCUGCAGACCCAGGAGAGACACCUCUUCCUCUUCACCGACGCGCUGCUCGUCGCCAAGGCAAAGUCUCCCACUCACUUCAAAGUGAAGGCCCAAGUCCGAGUGUGUGAAAUGUGGACAGCCAGCUGCAUGGAGGAGGUGUGUGAGGGAAGCACCAACCCAGAGAGGAGCUUCGUCAUGGGCUGGCCCUCCUGCAACUAUGUGGCCACCUUUAGCUCUGAGGAGGACAAGAACAAGUGGUUGGCGCUCAUCAAAAGUCGGAUAAUUGAGGGGAAAGAGAAGGAUGACCCCAAGACCAUUCCUCUGAAGAUAUUUGCCAAAGAUAUUGGGAACUGUGCAUAUGCCAAGACACUUGCAGUCAGCAACACUGACAGCACCACUGAUGUCAUCCACAUGGCUCUGCUGCAGUUUGGCAUAUCAGGCUGUGUUAAAGAUCACAGGUUGUGGGUAAACUCCAGUAAGGACGACCCUCCAUACCCUCUCAUUGGCCACGAGUUUCCCUUCAGCAUUAAGAUGAGCCACAUACGGGAUGGCGGGAGCAGUAGCGGUGGAGGACUGGGAGGAGGAGCAGGGAGGGAUCCAACGAGUCCCACAGACUGUCCAGGGGUGCUGCUGCUGGACCAGUGUCUCCCCCCAGACACCCAGUGCCAGUUUAUCCUCAAACCCAGCAAGAUUGCCCCGGGACAGACUCCACUUAUAGAGCCUGGUCAGCAAAAGUCUUUUAAGAGGAAGAGGUCUCUGAUCAACUGGCCUUUCUGGAGAGGCUCCAACACACAGCUGGACGGUCUGCCCCUGUCCCCGACCUCGCCGUCCCCCACUCAGGGACGGCUGUUCGGACGACCCCUGAGCUCGGUCUGCUCUCCGGACCACGGCCUGCCCAAGCCUGUCAUGGACAUGUUGGUGUUCCUGUACCUGGAGGGGCCGUAUACCAGGGGCAUCUUCAGGCGGUCAGCUGGGGCCAAAGCUUGCCGGGAGCUUCGGGACAGACUGGACAGUGGAACUGAGGACCCGGAGAUCACACACCAGUCUGUGUUCGUCAUCGCUGCUGUCCUCAAGGACUUCCUGCGAAAUAUCCCGGGCAGUAUGCUGUGUAUGGAUCUGUAUGAGCAGUGGAUGGAUGUGAUGGAAGGGGAGGGAGGGGAAGAGCAGAUGCAAGCUGUCCAGAGGUUGCUCCACCUCCUGCCCAGUGAGAACCUGCUUCUUCUGCGACAUGUGAUCGCCGUGCUGCACUGUAUCCGAGGCAACGCCCAUGACAACCAGAUGAACGCCUUCAACCUGUCCGUCUGCAUUGCUCCCAGCAUGCUGUGGGCGCCAGCACCAAGCACCCCCGAGAUGGAGGGGGAGGGCACCAAAAAGGUGUGUGAGCUCAUUCGCCUCCUCAUAGAGAACUGCAGCAGCGUCCUGGGAGAAGACGUCACCUCGCUGUUCAGAAGCUUCAGCCAGAAGAGCAGCUGCAGUGACCACGGAUCAGAUGUGUCAUCCUUCCAGAUGAACGACUCGUCCUACGACAGUCUGGAGAACGAGCUGAACGACGACCCUGAGUCUCCCUUCCAGGAGCAGCUGCCCCUUCGUAACAAGGACAAGCCGGACAGCCGCAGCCGUGACUCCGUCAUCACCCUCAGUGACUGUGACCCUGAUUUCGACCCUGAGACCGAGCUGCAGCUCCCCCCGCUGGCCAGACCCCGGAGGUUCAGCCCUGCAGUCCGACAGCCUCGCACCCGCCAGGCCAACGGCCUGCCGCAGGGUCCCCGGAGGCUGAGGAGGAGCUCAGAGCCUGCGUUAGCCGUGGGAAGCACACCGCCCUUGGGCACAGUGACGGUUCAAGCCAAAAAGCACCACCUACCGGUAAGGAAGGCGAGCUAUGAUGCCGCCAUGGAGGGGGAGAAGGUGGUGGACGAGGUGUUUCUGGAGCAUGGGCUGAGUGGGCUGCAGCUGAAGGAGGAGGAAGAGGAUAGGUGUGAGAAGGGCGGAGCCAAAGUCCAGAAUGGCGGGCGGAGGAAGAUGAAGCACGCCCCUCCGCCUCCGUUGCGACUGGACGCCAGCUGUUCCAGUCUGUCUUCACCUGCGACCUCACCCACAGGCUCCUCCCUCAGCUCUUUAGACUCCGCCUUCUCACAGUACUCUACUGACUACCCAACCAAUGGAGCGAUUUCAUUGGCUGAGCCUGCUCCUCUCUCACCCAGGGACUCACCCCCUCAGAGGGAAGCCCCGCCUCAUUGGCCACAGCCCACCCAGGCCCCUCGGACCAGCGAAACCCCCCCUCACCCUCAUGGUCUCCACCCUAACACGUGGCUCAAGAAGGGCCGCCGCCUGUCACUAAAGCAGGCUGAUAAUGGGCACUCAGAGGAGGACUUGCCUGUGGUAAACGGGAAAACCCACCCAACCGGUAAUGGCUGCUCUGUCGAUGCCCCUGAGGCCACGCUGACGAACCGAAACUGCCAACGGAGAUCCAGCAGCCCUCCGUCCUACCAGCAGGCUCUGCUGCAGCUGCAGCACAGCCGCUCCCCUUUCUACAGGGGGACAGAGAAACCUCUGACGGUCAGAGAGCUGAGGCAGCUCAACAACCAGACCCGCACCUACAGACCCCCGGUCCCAGCCUCCCCUAACGGCCCCAAACCACAAACAGGAAGUGAGGUCACACAGAGGCUGGCUAGAAAUGAGUGCGUGCAGCCCCCACAGGGUGUUUUCUAUGGACAGAACGCCACAACUCUGGUCCUCCAGAGGCAAAAGUCCCACCCUCUGACUCUGGCCAUGGAGGGACACAAAGGGCGGAGGACUCUCCCCCGCAGGGCCUCGGAACCUUCCGAGGCCACUGCAAACUCUAACCCCUCCUCCAGCCUCACCCUGGACAGACCUCGCACUUCUAAAGGUCAGCCCCAAGAUGGUGGCCUGAGAGUGUCAGAGGUGGAGCCCAACCACGCCCACCGCCCCAAACCACGCUUCUGCCUGUCUCCCUCCGCCACGCGGGCUGUAAGGGACUACUUUUCCUCCCAGGGUCAGGAGGAUGCAGAUGUCUGCCUGCGGAGGAGUCAGGAGGUGGCGCUGGCUAUCGUGCAGGGGCAGAGGGAAUGGCAGAGCAGGCAGUGCAGUGACCCACGAGUGGACGACUUUGACCAGCUUUUUUUUGCAGAAGAGUCAUACGUGUAAAUAAGAAGUGUGUACAAACAAACUGAUGGAGAGACUGAUUUUUAUCCGAUAUGUUCACUUGUAAAUGCCUGUCUUAAUAUUCCCUCAUAUACGGUGUUUUUCUUCUGGCAGCCGAUAGUCCUCCCGACACAAAAAGGUGUUGCAGUUUACUGUUAUGGUACAAUAUAGCCAAGGUUUUAGAGUUUAAAAGGUACAGAUGAACUUCCUGCUUCUACGUUCCACCUCCUUUUUGUAGGAAACUGUUAAAAUAUAUUCUGAUUCCUCAUCCACCAUGGAGCUCUGACAGAUGUCUGGGAAACAGUAGAUUGUAAGGUUUAAAGUUGUUGGUUAUAAUCCACAAUAUUUUAAGUUUAAAAGCUAUUUCAUGUAUUUGGCAAUGACAUGGCUCUGUAACCCUGCAGUUGGGAUUCUCAAAUCGUUAUUUAUUAAGUAGUGAUGGUUGAUUCUGUGAUUUUUUAACAGAGAAGAUGCAGAGAAGUUUAAUUGGACAUCUGGAACCCUAAACAAGGAUUACAGCUGAUGUCAAAACAGUUCAGAGUUACAGUUCUUGUGCCAAAAUCUGAUUCCUCCGAGAGAUAUUUUUCUCUGGCAGUGCGUCCUUGUUUGCCUUUCGAUAAUGUUUCGUUGCUUUUUCAGAACCUAAUGACAAAAAAUGAUGGAAGAGGAGUUCUUUAGUAAUGAAGAGAAAGGCCAAAAAAGCCUAUUUUCAUUCUCUGGAAAUUUGUAAAAUGAAAAUGUAUUUUUAGACUGGUGGGAAACCAAGGCCAUGACACAUUUUUGUAGUCCGUUUUUAACAGCAAAACAUAUCAUAAGUUUUAUUAAAAUUUGGACCAAAUUUGAUUGCACAUUAUCAUGCCCAUCGCAGUUUUCUUGUGCAGAAGAAACAAAUCAAGGACACCAUCUUUUUUUUCGGGGAUACAAAUCUCAGUACAACAAACGUAAGCAUGACGAGACUGCUGUGACUGUUUACAAAUACUCUGGACAUGCUUGUAGCUCCAUCCACAACACCUGGGAUGUUUGCUGGAGUGCCAGAUGAAGGUUUUGGCACACUGUACAUACCUACAACUUCUUAGACUGUCGUAAUAACAUCUGUACUUUUCAUGACAAAUUGCAUCUGUAAAGUGAAACCUUUUCCCCCAGAGAGUGAAGUGUUUGUCUGUCUGAAUCAGUGAAUCAAUAGGGCCGGUAUUUAUUCAUAUGAGCCGAGUUUCCAGACACACAGCACGCAGUGUUGUCCCCUGUAGCUCUGUUUUAUAUCUCUGUGA